GUCCUCAUAUCCACCAAUAUGUCACUGGACCCACACUAACUUAAAGUACUCCUAAAGGUUUUUUGCUACAAUAUGGUGGAUUUAGGCAGAUACAAAAGUGUAACCUAGGCCAACUUUUAUUAUAGGAACCGAUUUUACAGCGUUUCCGCAAUGACAUUAUAGACGUGAUCAUCAUUUCAUUGGAAAGCCUGCUGCUACACAGUUGUUCUCUCUGCUGCAAGCAGUGUCCACCCUCUCUCUACUCAGGCUGUAGUUGAAUAAUAAGAAAGCCAUGGCUGUCCAGCAGCAGAUCACUACUGUAACCACCACCCAGAGCUCCGGGGAAUGGAGCACAGGACUGUUUGACUGCUGCUCUGACAUGGGUACCUGUUGCUGUGCCACGUGGUGCUUCCCCUGUUUUCAGUGUCAGACGGCCUCCCACUACGGCUGGUGUGUCUGUAUGCCCCUGCUGGACCCAUGUGCCUUUAUGGCUGUCUCCUGCUGCAUGCGCUCCUCCAUGAGAGAACGCUAUGGCAUCCAGGGUUCGACCUGUGUGGACGUCGGGUUGGUGUGUUGCUGCUACGCCUGUGCCUGGUGCCAGAUGGCUCGUGAGGUUAAGACUCGAACCACAUCAGGCAUCCAGCAGGUUAAUAUGGUCACCCAACAGCUUCACGUGGCUUAGGAUCCCAAAAAGAGGGUAGUCACUAGAUGACCAAGCAAGAAGGGCGAUUUCAUCAGAACUGCUGAGCAAGUGCUUUAACUUUAUGUUCCUUGUCUUGUGUGACAAUUAACAUAGGGCGUACUGUUUGCAUUUAUUGUUUGAAAAUAACACAAUUCCUAUCAUGGCCGAAUAGUGACGUCCAAGUGACGUCCAAGAAAUAGGGCCAUACUUAGAUAGAACGCCACUAUAAUCUAUAGUAAAUAUACUGUAUGUUGAAUGUACUGUAUAGAUGUGUUAUACCAUUAUUAAUGUCUUAACCAUUGAAUAUUCAUGUCAGGCUUAAAACAUUUUUUACAGCUUACCAUGUACUUGCCUUUCUUGUGCACUUGUCUUUUCUUAGUAGCCCUGACUUUGCUGAAAGCUGCUCCAUUGAGGAAAGGUUUUGCUUACAAUGACUGUGAUAUGUGGUUGUCUUACCUAGCUACCUUAAGAUUAAUGCUCUGGAUAAGUGCGUCUACCAAAUGACUAAAUGUGUAACCCAUGAUUCAAAUGCCAACCACAUUUCAAUUGAAUGUUCUUAUAUAUAAAUAUAUGCCAUUUAGCAGACACUUUCAUCCAAAGCGAGUUACAGUUUUGCAUGCAUACAUUGAUUGUUUGGGUGAUCCCAGGAUUCAAACCCACUAUCCUGGCGUUGCAAGCGCCAUGCUCUACCAACUGAGCAACAGAAGUCCACUUGUUUCUAGUUGAUUUUAUUGCUUUCUCCUUGAUUUGAUCUGCAUGGUCCAUAUGUGUUUUUAAAUAAAGCAUUUAUCUGUCUUACCUUGA